GCCGUCCGAUGUUCGUGCGUCCCACCGAAACAAUUUACCGGUUCUCCACCACCGUGUCUACCCACUCUGCCAGCAGUACCACCCUUCCUAGAUCCUGUACUAUCCGCAGAAUGAUAGCGGUGCAGCAGGCGUUGGCGUUCAGUUGGUAGUGGCCCUCGUGCGUGUCCUGGCUGUGAAGACCACCCGGUGGGAACGAGAAAGAAGCAGGAUAAAACCCGGAUUCAGCCUGGAGAAGGAAAGAGGAACGGAGGCCGGUAGAGAUAAAGCGGAAGAAAGGGGGGCGAAGAAAAAUAGGCAACGGGAAGGGGAAGGGAAGGAGAGGAGAGGAAGACGGAAGCGAAAGGGAAAAGAUUGGAGAGACAAGAACGAGGAAGAAGCUGAGGGCAGAGUAAAGAAGAGAGGGAGGCUGGUCUCGUAGGAGGGCAUCGUCUAGAGAUCUUCCGGUAAUUCUGAAUCGAACAUCGAGGCUUGCGAAGGUCGCUGAUGUCCGCUACGAGCCCUGACCCUACCCCUGCCACCUCGCCGUCGCCCGAAUAUACCGGAGGAAGUGGAACACCCUCGACGCUGCCGACGCCCGGGAAGCUCGCGUCGCUAGCCGUCACCCUAGGCCUCGAUCCAAGAAGAAGGGACAAGUAUUCCUGGGACAUUUUGUACGAGUCCCGUCGACCACCACGCGUUCUCUCGCCCGGAACUUCAUCGUUACCACUGCUGCUGUACCACCGAUCAGCUCGACCACCCCUCUGAAUGUCUUCGCACAUCCAAAAGUCGUGCGUGGGGCUUGAAGCGACACUGAGUGACAGCAAAAAGAAGUACGGUGACAAGGUGAAUGCACUUCUGUCCGCCUGGGAGCAUGUCACCAAUCUCAUUCCUGGGGCAACGCCAGAGGCCACCCAAGCUCUCAUAGAAUGGGUUCACAACCACACGUUGAAAUUGGUACUGCGCGGGGAGUGGCCGAAGUUGUCACCCGCGACAAAGACGCACCUCAGCGUAACCUUACAGAGGUGCGCUUCUCACCUGGUGCAACACCCCGCUGCACCCAGGUGUACUGCACUGAUAGCUCUGGUGCACAAUCCAUGGGCUCGUCCCGCACUGGACAGCAUACUUAACGGCCAACCGGAUUCCGAACAUGAAGAGGAAUUCUGCUGUUCGGAGAAAGGUGAACUGUUAACAAUGAGGCUGGAAAUACUUUGCGAGGGCCGCUGCGAGGACAUAGCGGUGAACCUCGCCGCCGCCUGCGUUCGUUCUCUGCGGCGGAGCGAUCGGUUGCGCUCGCUCUCGGAUUCUCAACACGUUCAUUACAUGAUCGACGUCUAUAUUGUCCUCUUGUAUAAAUUGAAACGCAUGCAAGAUAUAUUCGCUCAAUUAAAAUUAAUGGACCUACGCGACGGAUUGGAGUUGGUCCAAAGACUCAGCGGCGAAAGACCAACGAAAUAUGGAGCUGCGCGUGUUUGGAAAAAUUCGAUAAAAGCUGCCGAAUUGGUUGCACAAUAUCUCGUUACCGCCGGCAUGGUUCGUCCCGUGCCGGACACCGGCGCGAAUAUUUUGGAACAAAUUCUCAGCUCGUGGGCGUUGUUGCACUCGAAAUUAAAGGACGUCGUCGCGCCACCGCUGUCGGGGAUCAUAAGGAAAUUGAUCGAACCCGCCGAGAGCGCCCAACAUAUUUACAUCUUCUGCGCGGUGCUUGCGAAACAUUUUGGCGACAGCAUAAAGCCUCUAGUGAUCGAGCUAUAUAUCAGAGCGUUGACGACGGACAUGAACGAGCUGGAGAGUCAAAAGGCAAAGUCCGACAAGGAUAAGGUUCGCGAGACAGCGAAACGCUUGAGCGCUCAAUUCCUGAAACUGGCCGUUGUGGUCGACAGCAACAUCGGUAUCGCGCGGGAAUGCGUUCUGACCGCGUUUUCGUUGCAUCCCACGAGGGUUUGCUACGACAGGAUCAAGGAGAUCGCCGUGGCGUGCGGGAAGACGAAGGAGGACGGUCUAACGUCGGAUGGGAACGUGGUGAACGACAAGGUUAAACAGACGUUCGAGAAUAAUCAUUCCAACGCGGGGUUACUAAAGAACGAUAACAGUACCGGGGAGAAGACCGAAGGGACGAUAGACGAGAACGCGGAAACGUCCUCGUGUUUGUACAGUUCCCCGUUGCUCGCAACGUCUUCGUUGCCCAGCCCGACCGCGGCCGUAACAACGUCGACGGGGACGAAGAAGGGCGUCGAUUUCCAGAACGGCCAAGUGAACAAUACCUUCGAGAGAACGGAUCAAUUGUUGAAAAGUCUUUUAACCGCUCCGAGAAAGGGCGAGUCACCGAUAACACCGGGCGACAGAUGUCCCCUGCAUCCGAAGAGAAAUCCGCUGUUCAACGAACCGCUCGGCGAGCUUUGUUUCAAUUGCGGCGAGUUCACUGGUAACGAUUUUUCCGGCAAGAAGUCUGUAGAGAAGACAUCACCGACACCCGUGAACGUGGAGAGGACGUUGGACGCGUUGAUUCUGAUCAAAGGCGACGCUGUCACGGGCUCGGCAAACUACGACGAGAAAUCGGUACCGAAUCAGGUCCUGGACGCGGAGAAACUCGGUCUGUCGCCGCAGCUGUGCGACGAUUUGUCCGUGGUUUUGAGCAGCCCUCGUUAUCACAUGCUCAGCUGGGUGCUGGAUUGGAAAGAGCUGAACAGUCUGUGCGAGAGAUACUUGGAGAACGCCGAGGAGAUGAGGAACACCAACAAAGAGCUGAAGUAUCUUAAUAUCGAUUAUUCGCAAUUCAAAGAUUGGCCCUCGGAGGACGACACCACCAAAGAUAUAUUUUUUGGCAUCGAGAAGGGGUACGAGCAAUGGGUCGAUAUGCCUUCGGAUAACUCCGAGCAGUUUGGUAGCUUUCAGCCCGCUGGAUCGUACAAGAGAUCCUCGACCAGGAGGAGCCUCGACGACACCACCACCACGGAUUCGGACAGCGGUAGCGUGCUUCGCGUUAGAAGAACUGGAAGGCAAAGAAAGAUCCACAGGCUAGUUUCGUCCGAGAGCGAUUACGAUAGCGCGGAACGGAAGUUGAAACACUUCAGGAAUACCGUCAGUUCGCUCUCCGACAGCGAUAGCAACACGCAAGACAGCCAAACGGAUAGCCUGGGCAGCGACGGUUGUCAUCUGGAAACGAAAAAUAAGUCGGGCAAAUCGUCCGGCAAGGAGACGAAUAAGAAACGCUCCAAGUCGACGAAAUUGACCGUCGAAUCGGUUUCGCAUUUCCACAUGCUCGUGAACGAUAACGUUCGACGCACGAAUCCAAACGAAGACGCGAGCGGUUCCGAUGUGAGCAGCAACGAUAUCAUAACGCUGUUCUCCGCGGAUAUGGACGAGAAUAAACGAGAAACGAUAAAAGGCUCGGCGUACACGGCGGCCGCGCCGUUAAUAAUCACCGAGAGAAGAAGCGAUCCGGCAGUACUUAAGUCUCUACGAAUGUUCAGGCCACAGAACUCGAAGAAGCCCACGCGAAUUUCUCAAAUACUACAGAAAAACCUGCUGAACAAAAGCAAGGACAAUAAUAAUUUAGAAAAUAACACGAACAACGUGACCAAGUUCGCGCCGAUGCUCAGCACGCUGAAUUUGAAUCCGAAGAUCGUGCUGACCAGAACGGACGAGGUCGACAGGAAGCUGAUCCGUUCGAAGAAACAGCAACGAUUAAGCACCGGCGACAUCACCAGCGAGCUGAUGAACAUUCAGAAAAACAUGCCGUUCUCGCCGAACAAGAACGCGAUGUCCACGUAUCAGAAGCAAAAGGGGAACAGGGGAGCGAACACCGGGAAAUCGGACCUGGCGUCCACCAACAGAAGACGGGAUUUGAAUUCAAAGUCGAAUCUGGGUAAACGAAAAUUCGACAUUCUCGCGAAGGCAGUCAGAGAUUCGGACAUAUUGGCAAAAAAUGUGCCGGGAUUGAACUCGUUGGACAUGAUGGUGCCACCCAGAAUGCGACCCACCGUGAACGUGGUGCAGCUCUCCAGAAACAUUCCACAGAGCCCGAAUUCGGGCUCGGUUAACAGCGGCAAUACUCCACCAAGGCCGAACAGAACACCGAGCGUGGCUGGAAACAUUCAGUUACCCGGUACACCUUCCUCCGGUGGGCACGACAGUGGCGUGGGCAUGAGCCCGGCGGGUCAGACACCUCCUCCUAGGUCAUCGACGCUUCCUGACGUAGGCGAGGAGGCGAAUCAACCACCGGACGGCUCGCCGACUUCCUCGAUGACCACGAACGUCUCCAGUCAGCUAGAGCCAGAUUCGAGUCCCAGAACGAUGCCGAUACGUCGGAAUCAACAGAGUCAAUCACCGAAGAAAUCACCUUCUCCUUGUUCCGCAAUCACUACGACCACGACCACCACCACGACGAGCUCGGCGGUCGCCACGGCGGCGGCCAGCAUCGCGUCCGAGCAGCUUCAGAUCGUCUGCAAACCGGACGGUACUUAUCAGUUGGCAUCCGUGAACCCGAACGUCGUCUCCAAUCAGAGGAGCGUUCUUAAUUUGCAAAACAUGGACGACGGCGGGAACGUCGGUGGUUUCUCACGGCAGAAUCAACACACGGAUAACGCGAACGCAACCAGCAGAAACACGUACGAUAGAUUAACGUCUACGAAAACGGUCGCGCAGUCUGGACAGAACGCUGGCCUGCCCAAGUUCCAGCAGGCGUUCCGUAAAACUAUAUACACGCUAUCGACGGACGCGUCGAGCGGUGCCACGAGCGUGCCGGCCACAGAGACACUCGUCCAAGCUGCGUCUCCGCAGAAAACGACAAACCUCUCGAAGGCGGUGCAAACGUCCGUACCGAAUGCCCAACAAACGAAUCCAUCCUCUGGGAUCAACGUGCAGUCGAUCGCAAACAUUCCGACGAACGCGUUGCAACUGUCCACCGGCAGGCAGAUUCUGAACAUCGUGCAGAGCUCGGGGAACAACGCGAACGUGGCGACCAGUCCGAACGCCAAUCAGACGCUGACGCAGCUGGUGCAGAGCGUGCAGAACGCCUCGCCGGGUGUGAUAUACACGCACAAAAUUCCUGUCACGAUAUCUACCACCAAUCCGAGUCAGCUGAACAUUAUACCCACCAUAUCGCACGCAAAUUCGAUACCACCCGGCAGAACGCCGGUUGUUAAAUUGAACAUUAUCCGUGCUACCACUCCUUUGAGGCAGCAGAACAUCACCGGAGCCAUUCAGGCUGUUUUGACGACACCCAGGUUGCAGCAACAACAACAGCAACAACAGCAACAACCGCAACAACAACAACAACAACAACCACCAGCAGUUAGAACGGACAGUUUAAUCGGAACACCUAUCGAGGUACCCAACCAAGUCAGUUCGACGACUCUGGAACAACUGAGGGAGUUCGAAAGCGUGUUGGAGCAGGUGAAAGAGAGGAGUACUAUCCAACCGCAGUCUCAUCAAAUGAUAUCCACCGCCGCUACGACCACCGUACAGACGCAGACGACUACGCAACAAACUCAGGCUACCAAACAACAGCAGCAACAACAGCAGCAACAGGUUUCUGUCAGCGCGCUCGCGCAGCAGCUACUAAUGCCAACACAACAAGUCACCAACAACGAUUUCACGAGCAACGGCAAUACCGUGAACUUCCAGCAGGAUAUUUUCUCCCAGAAAGUUUCCCUGGCUUACGUGAAUCAAAGCGCUGCCGGGACCGGGGCUGCCAAGACUCCCAACACCGCGCCAGUCGUCGUGGUGACCAGUUACUGUCAACCGGCAGCCUCGCCGGCCUUGAGCGUCACAUCUCAGAGUUCUUCCAGCCCGUGCGUCACGCCAGCACCCGCGCCCAUACCAUCCGCCGGAAAGACGCCUCCCACGCCGCCCUCUUCGAAGACGGUGAAGAAAUCGGCGCCGAAAACGGUCAAGACCAGCGCGACGAACACGUCGAAGGCGUCGCCGAUACCCAAGCCGCAGCAGAAGCCGCAGGAGGACGAGCAAACCGCGCAGAGGAUCUACGCUAUAUUGGACGAGUACGCGGAGCAGCUGCGAAACUCUCCGGAUCUGAACAACAAACCAGCGCCGAGGAGACGAUCGAAUCCGCCGACGAAUCCUAGUCAGUCCUCGAAAAGGAAGAAGUCCAGCGCGAACAAGGCGAAACCGGUCGGCCAACAGAACUCGGAACUGAGUCCCAGCGCCGACGACCUCGGCAGAACUAUGGGCAGCGAGGAUUCGUCCAGCGGCGUCGUGCACGUGCAGGACAGUCCAGCUGCCGGUUUCCCGGCUCCGGAGGAACCCACCAGCAACGUCGGGAACGUGGCCGACGCGGGCGCCGAGGUUCGAAACCUGACCAACGAUUCGAACGACGGAGUCGAGUUGAACGUCAAGAGACGGAAUCUGAUCUUCGCCGAGCCCGGUUCCGGGCAACCCAGGGCGGUGAUCGUCCAGGAUGCGGUGCAAGCGACUUCCGUGAGCGUCAGCGAAGCCCUCGCCUCGGUGACAGGGAAAAUGGGAAGCACGGCUGUCCUGGUCCCUGGUACCAAUUACAUCUUGCCGAUGAACCUGGUGAAAGGCGGCCAGCAAUUCACGAUAGUGUCCAGUGGAUCGAAACUCCUCGCCACGGUGCCUGCGACGGUCCGAACCGCCGGGAACACCGGCGUUUCGAACACCCUCGUGCUCCAGUCGUUUCUGAAUCAAGCGGGAAAGAUCAUCUCGCAGCCGGCGCAAGUGAAACAGGUCAAGAUACCGACGUUGCAAACACUGUCGGGCAAUCAAACGUUGACCGCCACUCAGAACGUUCAGGCGACCUCGGUGGUGAUCCCACAGACUGGAAACACCGGUCAAUUCGCGGGGGACACGGUGACGGAGAAGAACAACAUCGUCGGUGACCUGACAAUGGCGAAAACCGACACGGUCACCGGUGGCGUAGCCGUCGAGCCCGCGACGAACGCGAUCGUCGUGAACAAGAGCAAUUCCACCAUCGGUUUGCUUCAACGAAACAUGAACGAAGCUGCGGAGAGUCAACAGAUAUGCGGCGUGAUCACGAGCAAUCCGAACUUGACUCUUCAAGGUACGAGACUGUUCAACUCUUCUAUCCACAAACUGUCGACGCCCGCUGGACUGAAACCCGACAACGUGGUGUGUCUGACGCCAUCGGCGGCGGCCACCAUCGCUCACACGCCCGAGAAGAAACCGUCGCAGGAGUCUCAAGUUCACAACGAGAAGCCUGUUUCCAUUCAAACCGGUGCCACGAUCGCGCUCGCGUUCGCCACUCAAUCGGACGUUUCUAUGCUGAACGAUACACAGCAACAACAGCAGCAAAAAGACACGAAGGAGGUGUCGACGGAAAUAAUCCCCGGCGCCAAGAUCAUCUCCCCGAAGACGGUGAAAAGAAAAAUCGACGAUGCUAUGGGUAUGUCGGUGAACAUUCCGAAAACCUUGAUAGCUUCCAAAUCUGUCGUUUGUUCGAGCAAUGCCAGGUCGUUGCAGAAUAACGCGGCUAUCGAUUCCAUGUCCACGAUAGUGACGAGCAAACAGCCAGGUAUAAUCGACAACGCGACGCAGUUUUUGGUGACCGGUGGUCCGAGCAGUUCCGAUAGUCAAGAGUCGCCUGUCCAGCAAUCCAGCGAGAGCAUCGACGUGUCCUGCAAGGUCGGGAACGGUUUGCUGUACGGAAACGCGAGGCUGCAAGAAGCUUGGGAGCCGGAAGGCAAAGUGUCGCCCGACACGCCUUGGCGAUACGUUCCUACGUCCAUGAAUUCUCUGAAUAUCGAGCCUCUGAACUCCAGAUACGCCGACAACUCCGAGAACGUGCAGAGCGUCUUGCAGAUCAUAAACAAGGGCCAGGGUAUCGAGAUGGCGGGCGGUCAGAUUUAUCAAACAAACGCGAAGAAGUAUUUCAUGAAUCACACUUUGGAGCCGUUCCAGCAAUAUUCGAAUAAAAGCAACUUGAUGAAGACACCGUUGACCCCCAGACUGGAACGAGAACUGUUGCAGCAGAAAUUGGAGAGAAAGGCGGCCGCGAUAGAACGCGAGAUGAGGCUACAGAAAAGUUUGUCCGAGGAGUGCGAGGAUCUGGGCGUGGACGAACCGAGCACCAGCGACCUGUUCCCCGAGGCGGAUCUGUUGUUCGACACGAAUCACUCGCCGUCGUUCGAUCACUCUUCCCAGGACGCGUCCUGCAGUCAGCCCCUAGGCAUGAAAUCGUACGGCGGUUCCUAUUUCCGGUCUCUGGAUUCGUCGAGCGGCAGCAGGGACGCCAGUCCCAUAGCGGACUUCAAGGUGAACGAGCGCAGAAAAAUCACGAGCCAACGUACAAGGUCCUCGAAGGAUUCGACCAAGAGGUCGAAGAGAGAAAAGGUGGAGGAACUGCACCUGGAGAAUCCGGCGAAGCAUUUGCGAUUAACCUUGGACAAUUCGAGCCAGGACGAGGCGUCGAACAGCAAUUCCGAUAUCUCGAGGCUCUCGCCGACGAACUUGGGAUCGUUGGAGAACGACUCGUUGAAGGACACCGGUCGAACGAAGAUCGCGUCGAGAAACGGCUCGAAGGAGGGCUCGCCGAGCAGCGUGUCCAGCAUUCCAUCCAACAUGAAACUAGACAUCGACCUGGACUCGGAAUCGCUACCGCCGACCAUCAACGUGAACAACGUGUCGGCCGCGAGCUCGGGCGACGAAAGUUUGACGCUGCUCAGCGGCAAUACCGCCGACGUUACCAUACCCUCGCCGCUGUCGCCGAUCGCCGGUCCCAUGCUCUCCACGCACAAAUAUACUUACACCAACAAGAAGCGGAUAGCGUCGAAGGUGACGAGAAUGGAUUACCUGUCGUGGGAGAGCCCGAUGUCCGAGAGGAUGAGAUCGAGCAGCGACGAGGAGGACUCGAGCAUUAGCGAAUCGAUCGGCAGCCAGCCGGAGGAGAACGCUCUGAGCAACGGCCUGGACGACGCCGUGCAGAGCCUGAAAUCUCUGUCGAGCGAGCGACGUUGCAGUUAUUUAAAAAAAAAAGAGAAAUUGCAGGUGAACACGAGGGUGGUGUUGAAUCGAGGCGAUCACAAGGCCGGUAGCCUCUCGAAACGCAUCAAGGCAAGCGAGUCGAUCCAAGACUCGGUGAUGGUGUCCAGCGACAAGGCCUCCGAGCCGUCGGACGACGAGGCGAGCAAUAUCGCGUUGGUCGAGCCCGACUGUCGCGCCAGACGAUCGAGCUUGCGCGGCCACGUUAAGAAGGGUUGCGCGUGCUGCAACGGCUCGCCGGAAAGACCGAAGAAGAAGUCGGUCAAGUCGGAUCACUCGAGGCUAAAGAAACGACUAUCCGCGAAACAGACCGGGAAGAAAAGGUAGUCUUAGCGUUCGAAGGCUCGACGGAGCAUCGCGUGUUGUUCUAUCGUAAUGGUACACGCGUCCCUGGGACGCGCGAUCCAAUCCGGUCCAGCGACGGAGGAGGAGAAGGAACUUUCGGACGAAGGAACGUAUCCUCGUGGCCUCUGCAUCGACGGACGAAGCUAGAAUCGAACCGGGCGGAAGCGGAUGACGCGUCGAAGGAACCCUGGGAAAUUGGCGCGUGAAGUUCGCUCGGGAUCGUAACGACGAUCCAUAGAAAUAACAAGCUUCUUGUACAUAUGUAUCGGCAAAUGCCGGAGCUGUUGGCGAGAGAAACUUUAAUGGCAUACCCGUGACUCGGUGUGCCUAUACCCUGCAUAGGCAAAAGAUUGUUAAUCGCGAAACAAAUUUUUUCCGUAAAAUAUAAAAUUGAACAUUGACGAUUCGUUUCGCUAGCGUGAGAGAGAUGAACGAACGAUUCAUUUGGCGAAUUCUCGACGAGAAUAGAUCAUCCUUUUACCACUAGAUGUUACUAUGAUACGUAGAUGUAAGGUGCAGAUUAUAAUGAAUGGCAGACUUAGAUUAAAUCGUUAAGAAUAUUAGAGACGCAAUCUAGUCAAGAGAUAAGGUUUCGUGACGAGAAUUAGGCAUACUAGAGAGAGAGAGAGAGAGAGAAAGAAAGGGCGAGAGAGUGUGAAUGAGAGACGAUAAAAAUAAAAUAGAAUGUAUAUCUGGUUGUUGAUAGACCCCUCGCAGAGCCUGAAUUUAUAAUUCUGUCUACUGUAUCUAUCAUAAACGAUACUAUUCCACGUUCUAACGGUGUGGUCAGACUGAGUAGACAAAAAUAGUCUAUAGAUCCGGUUCGGCAAAUUAACGUAGUAAGACACGCAUUGAACUUUUGCCUUUCCGCGUAACGCUUCUCGAUAACAUAGUACCCUAACUUUAUAAUAGGGACGAUCCUUGUAAAUUGUAGCGUCGUACCUUGAAUCGGAGGAGUCGGUGGUGAAUUAAACGGACGAUCAAUAGAAGCGAAAACAGGGCGAUGAAAUUAAAGGAUAUUGAGGUGGAAGGAGAACAUAGAGAAAACGAGGAGGUAUAUAUAAAUAUAUUAUUAAAAUCAACUUUUCUGUCGUACGGGCCGACCAUACCUUGUCACGGUGCAUGUAAAAAAAAAAGUACCCAAAAAACUGUACAUUACGUAGAUAAUUCAUUAAAAGUAUAAUAUUAUAUCGCUGCACUUUAGUACAAAAUCGCUUCACCUUGUUUCAGAAUGACAGGUUUAUAUCAUCUUUCGGUGUGCUGUCGUGACGCGUGAGAAUGCCUGCAAUUUACUAUAAAUUAUAAACAAACGAAACAAACAAAAAAAAAAAAAAUGAAGAAAAUGAAACACUUGUAAAGGUUGUGCGAUUAAGCUAUGGAAAAAAAAAAAAAAAAAACACACUUGAUGAACUUGCGUAAAAUUUCUUUCGCGCCUCGGUCGCGGAGUGAUCUGUUCGAAAUUUCUCGGCGUGUAAAUGGCUAGAGUUCGUUUAGUCGACGCGCGUGUUAUACUAUAUUUAUCUCCGACGCAGAAGCUAAGGGUUAAGAAUAUUGAAAAGUAAUGUUCCUGUGAAUUGUCUCCUUUCGUAAUAUGAACCAAAGUGACUCCGUUUAAAGGAAAAACAAACUACGCGAAAGAACGGAAAAAAAAAGAAAAAAAAAAAGAUGAAGGCAGGCGGAGAAGAGAGGGGGAAAAAAAGUAACGGUGAGAGAUGCGUUAAAUUGUACUGUCUUUCUUGUAAUCGGAUGUAAAUUGUAUUAGUUCAAUUGCUUCACUUUGAACGUAUUAAUGUAAGGUAGAUAUCUUCAUUUUCGUUUUUUCCACUCUGUCGACGACGAUUAGUAAAACUCUACCUCGUGCACAUGUCGAUCAUCUUUCUCGUAGUUCUCGUCAUGUUUGUCGGCAAUUUCUACAACGCGUAAUUAGUCAAAACGAUCGCCCCCCAAGCUGUUGCUCGAACGAUUCGCGAUAAUACAUUUUCAUCUGGAGCUGCUAACAGGGUGUAGCGCGGAGGCUGACAUAGACAAUCCGUAAUCGGUGUUACGAAAAUUCAAGCCUUAAAAAAUAGUAGCGGUUGCAUUGACGCUGACGCGUGUAUGUCCCCCCUUAUCGUUUCUCGUUUGCACCCAAUGAUCGACGCAAAAAAAAUGAAAUUUCUCCGUAGUCAUGAUCCCUUGAUCCUUUCGGUACGGGUGGCCGUACUCGAAAAUCUCUAGUUGCCCAUCCACACCGAAUUCGCUUAUUUUCACAGUUUCGUUUUCUCUUUUCCUUGUAAAUAACGUGUACGCGAGAAAAACAAAAAUAGAAAAAACUUCCUCGAGUCCCACUUUUCACAAAGUUUUUUUCAACGAACCGCCUCGAAUCCGUUUCGGAACCAGAACCGACGAGUUUUCAGCAGCACCGCGAAUCGACGAGAAAGAAACCGAGUUAUAGCUAUUGUCUAAAAUUAAGCUCUUAUCUUCCUGUACAUUUAAACUGUGGUAACGAGAGAAAACGGAACCGAAGAAAGGGAGGGGGGGGGGGAAAUAAAAAAAAAAGAAGAGAACAAAUGAAUCGGACGCUUCGCAUGUAAACUAAUUAUACGGACAAAGGGACAGACGGACGAAAACAGACAAGAGACGUUUAGAAGAAGAUGCAUCUGUGUGUAGAUGUAAAUUUUUGGAAAAGCGUCGCACCAAGAUAAUAAUACGUAUUUUUUGAUGGGGUGGACAAGAAAACGUUAUAUGUAGCUUAUACGUUAGAGCAAAGCAAAUGAGCGCGAGAGGCAGAGAGAGAGAGAGAGAGAGAGAGAGAGAGAGAGAGAGUGUGUGUGGGAGAGAAUGUUGACGAGUAUGUAUAUUCGGUUGUCGGUGAUAGCCUGGCCGUUUUUGCCACCUUUAGUCGUACCAACCGCAUUUAUAAUAGAGGGGUAACUGUAGUCUUCUUAAAAAAAAAAAAAAAAAACAACUCGUGUGUGGACUUAAUUAAGGAGAGAUGAAAACCGAUGAAAACCUAGAUGAAACGCUUAAGGACAAGCAAAGUUUUCCAUGGCCGAGAGCUUUUCAGGUACUUAAAAAAGAAAAAGGAAAAAAAAUGAAAGAAAAGGGAGAGUGGGAGUGAUGUAGACAGAGUCGGAGGAGGAGAAAAAAAAAAUGGCGAAGAGUUUACACUGGCCGUUAAAAUUAAGUGUUUUUGUAUCGUAUCGUAUCGUUUGUUAAAGACUACUGUUUUUUCUCACUCGAAAGGAUCCCUUAACUACCAGUAUUCGAGAGGACGAUGUUGCCGCUGCACCACUUCGAUAUCCGCGAAACGAGCAAAUGCGAGAACAUUGAUGUAGUCGUGAGAGAGGAUAAAAUUACGGGAAGAUAAAAAAGUAAACGUGAAACACGAGGGUAUAAAAAAAAAAAGAAAAAGAAAAUAAAAAAUGAUGCUCGAGAAUGGAAGAUGGGGAGAGAGAGAGAGAGAUAGAGAAAUACGAUUUGAACGAAACGGCCGUGCACUGCAAAACGUACAUUGAUUAAGGAUACGUAUUGUCGUUUAGCACAAAUCAGUUGAAGAUCGAGAGAUUAAAUAAACUUAGGAGAACGAUGAAGGAGGGGAAGCCGGAUAAACCGAGGACGGAGUUGUUAAUGAAAGAAAGAAAAUGGAAA